AUGGGUAUCCUCACUCUUCACGAAGACAGGCCAACCCCUAAAUCGGUCUACAAUUGGCGAGUCUACGUGCUUGCAACAAUUGCAUCAUGUGGUUCCAACAUGAUCGGUUACACCAGUGCCUUCAUCGGUACGACAAUUACGUUGGAUUCCUUUGAGAAGGAGUUCGGCCUCGACAAGAUGUCCGAUGACCACGUGGACUUGAUCAGCGAGAACAUUGUGUCGCUUUUCAUCGCUGGUGCUUUCUUCGGUGCACUUCUUACCUACGGAGUCAGUCAUUUCCUGGGACGCAAGUGGAGUUUGGUGCUUGCUUCUGGAUUGUUUGCUCUGGGAUCCGGUCUGUCUUGUGGUGCCAAUGGCUCCCGCGGUCUGGGAAUCAUGUAUGCUGGUCGUGUCCUGACUGGACUUGGUACCGGUGUUGCCUCCAAUGUUAUUCCAAUCUAUCUGUCCGAAUUGGCACCUCCUGCUAUUCGAGGACGACUUGUUGGUCUCUACGAACUUGGCUGGCAAAUCGGUGGUAUGGUUGGAUUCUGGAUCAACUACGGUGUUGAGCAACACAUGGGUCCGACCCACGAGCAAUGGAUCAUCCCAUUUGCCAUUCAGUUGGUUCCCUCCGGUAUGCUUUUCAUGGGUGCUCUGUGGAUGAAGGAAUCCCCCCGUUGGCUCUUCCUCAAGGGACGCCGCACACAAGCGAUGAACAACCUUACUUGGAUUCGUCAAUUGGAUGAAGGCGAUAUCUACAUUACUGAAGAGGUGGCAGCCAUUGACCAGGCCCUUGAGGAGCAGAGAACCACCGUUGGACUCGGCUUCUGGAAGCCCUUCCAGGCUGUUGCCAAGCAGCCCGCCACUCUCUACCGUCUCUUUCUGGGCUGCAUGCUCUUCUUCUGGCAGAACGGAUCUGGUAUCAACGCUAUCAACUACUACAGCCCUACCAUCUUCUCUAGCAUUGGUGUCGACAAUGCCACUGUCAGUUUGACGACUGGUGUCUUCGGUGUCGUCAAGGCUUUCAUGACCAUUAUUUGGCUCUUAUUCCUGGUUGACCAGUUCGGACGACGAAAGCUUUUGCUCGUUGGUGCCAUCACUGGAUCCAUCUGUAUGUGGAUUAUCGGAGCGUACAUCUGCGCCGUCGAGCCCGAGAAACACCCCAAGGACCAUCUGGACAGCGGCGGUAUUGCUGCCAUCUUCUUCUUCUACCUUUGGACUGCCGUGUACACCCCUACUUGGAACGGUACCCCAUGGGUCAUCAACUCGGAAUUUUUCAAUCCAAACAUUCGUUCUCUCGCGCAGGCUGCGACGACUGCUUCUAAUUGGUUAUUUAAUUUCCUGAUUAGUCGCUUUACGAAGCAGAUGUUCGCAGCGAUGUCCUACGGUGUCUACUUCUUCUUCGCGGCCCUGUCAUUCCUCGCGUUCUUCUUUGCCUUCUUCCUCAUCCCCGAGACAAGCGGUAUCCCUCUGGAAGUCGUCGACCAGCUCUUCGAAGCCAAGCCCAUCUGGCGCGCAAACGAGAUUCUCAAGGCCCGCCUCAAGGAAGAAGAAGAACAAUUCCGCUACGAAGUCAAGGGCGGUGCCUUUGACAAGCACGAAGGCCAGGAGCACGUCGAGAACCAGAACACGAAUAGCGACGUAUAG